AUGGGUCUAGAAGAUGCUGGAGAUUUGGUCCUUCACAUCAUCUUAUCCAAAAUCGGCCCUGAAGGCACUGCGAUAGUGGCUUGUGUGAGCAAACGCCUUCAAAUUUCCGCCUCGGAGGAAUCGCUAUGGUCAAUCUUCUGUUCCCUUCAUCUCAACAUCUCCACUCCUCUCGAUCCAUAUGGAGAUCCUGCUCCUUCCUUCAAGAGAGCGUAUCAAAUGUGGAGGGAGUCAUUUAGAAUGUACCCAUGGAGUCUCGUUAAACGCGUUAGAACUUGUUGGGACAAUCUCAAACAAUGGCUGAGCUUAAACUUCCCUGAAGCAAAAGCAACGCUGAGAAAAGGUUGCACAGAGGAUGAUCUUGAAGAAGUUGAAACAGCUCUCAAAGUGAAACUUCCUCUCCCCACAAGGCUUCUCUACCGUUUCGUCGACGGCCAAGAACCGUCGUCUCCCUCCAAUGGGGUUAUGGGGAUUAUAGGUGGAUACUCUGCUUACUCUCACGAAGUUAAUGUCUACUUGCUACCUCUUAAGGAAGUGAUAAGGGAGACAAACGAAAUCUUGGGACACCUCGAGAUCUCGAGAAGGUUGAACCUGAUCGUUGUGGCUGUGUCUGCAUUGUCGACUAUGAAGAUCUUUUUCCUGGACUGUGCAAACGGACAGCUUUACACUGGGACAGGUGCUCGCCAAAUGCUUCCCUGUGUGCCAGAGUCUUUGGUUAGGUCGGUUCAUGAGACCAACGGUGAUCAGCAACAGGACGCCAUGUUGCUUUGGUUGGAAGAACAUGGACGGAGGUUACAAACCGGGGUUAUAAAGAUCCGUGAACAGGAUGGCUUCAAAAGUAUUAGUUUAUUCCCGGAGAUUCCUCCCUUGUGUUCUGUCGCCGUAACUAAUGGCGUGCAGGUACGUGCUUCGUCUGUGUUUAUCCCGGAAAUGUCAAAUCUCCGGGAUCAGCCACCGGCGUACUGGUAUGCGUAUUCGAUCCGAAUGUCUCUCGUGCCGGAAGGAUGCAUCUUGAAAGGGACAACUCAUAGCUCUUGUCAACUGUAUUGGAGACAUUGGAGUAUCCGAGCUGAUGAUCAGGUUAUAGAUACUGUUAAUGGAGAAGCUGUGAUAGGACAGUAUCCGCUCUUGAAAGCAGGGGAGGAAGAAGAGUUUGUGUAUGAGAGUUGUUCCAGUUUUCCAACAACUAGUGGAUCUAUUGAGGGAUCUUUCACUUUUGUGCCUGGAAGUUUGAAAGAUUCAAAAGGGAGUCAAUUCGAAGUACAAGUCGCUGAGUUUCCUCUCAAGUUACCUGACUACAUCUUCUAA